AUGCAGGACACAGUCCCACGUGCUGUGAGCCUCAAUAUUGCGUCUGAAAGGACUGAUGGAGCGGGGAACGUGGUGAGCCACCCACCCGGCGGCACAGCGAUGUAUGUAAGGAGCAUGGCUGCCGCCGAUCUCGUCCACUCUGCUCCAACAGCCAGACAGCCAGACAGACUUCUUCCCAAGCACCCAGACUUAGCUGCUAUAAUGGCUGUCCUCUCCAAGCUUGCGUCGGUCGCUUCCGUCGUCCCGGUCCUCAUCGGACUGGUCCACGCCGGCUCCCUUGCCGACAUCGACCAUGUCGUCCUCUUCAUGCAAGAGAACCGUGCUUUUGACCACUACUUUGGCACCAUGGCCGGUGUCCGUGGCUUCUCGGACCCCAACGUCCAGGUCAACGGCAACCGGACGGUCUGGCAGCAGACGGUCGACGACACCAAGUACCUCAAGCCUUGGUACCUCAACUACCUGGGCGGCGACUGGCUCAAUGCUACGCAGUGCAUGAACGCCGGCAGCAACGGCUGGAACGCGAACCAGCUGGCCAUGAACCACGGCGCCAACGACAUGUGGGCCAUCAAGAACACGCCGUGGAGCUGGGGUCACUUCCGCAGGAGUGACAUUCCGGUACACUUUGACAUCGCCGAGGGGUGGACCAUCGGAGAUAUGUAUCAGGAAUCCGUGAUCGCAUCCACCAACCCGAACCGCGUCACUUGGGUUUCGGGCAGCAUCAAUGCCCCCGGCUCUCCCCAGAACAAGUCCGAGGGUGGGUACCCGUACAUCGACAACAACGAGACUCCCGGCUGCGACAAGGACGGUAUCAACUGCUACCCGCUCAAGUGGAAGACCGCCGGCGACAUCUACUCGGCGCAGAACGUCACCUGGCAGGUCUACCAGGACGCCGACAACUUCGACGACAACCCGUUCGCCUGGUUCGGCCAGUUCCAGACCGCGCCCCAGGGCUCCGACAUGCACAGCCGCGGCAUGCAAGGGCUCACCCUCAACACCUUCUACGAGCAGGCCGCCAACGGCACCCUGCCCGCGGUGUCGUACAUCGUCGGCCCGGCCCAGCUGUCGGAGCACCCGCAGUACUCGCCCCGCGACGGCGUCUGGCUGCAGAAGAAGAUCGUCGAGGCGGUCAUGAGCUCGCCCGCCUACGCCCGCACGGCCCUCAUCAUCUCGUACGACGAGACCGGCGGCUUCGGCGACCACGUCACGCCCUACCACGCCCCCGACGGCACGCCCGGUGAGUGGAUCCAGGACCCUUGGGCCGGCCUCGGCCGCGUCCCCACGGGGCCCGGCUUCCGCGUGCCCUUCUUCAUCGUCUCGCCCUGGACGCGCGGCGGCAAGGUCUUCACCGAGCACGCCGACCACAACUCGCAGCUGCUCUUCGUCGAGAAGUGGCAGGCCGCCAAGGGCCGCGACGUGCGCACCGACGAGAUGCCCGCCUGGCGCCGCGAGCACAUGUCGGACCUCGUCGCCGCCUUCGACUUUGACAACCCGGACCUCAGCCUGCCGCAGAUCUCGUACGCCAUCCCGCCCCACCAGACCAACGGCCAGCUCGACGGCGCCGCCUACUGCACCUCCAAGUACCCCGUGCAGCGCCCGCCGGUCCCCUACUCCGGCCAGCCCGGCGCCGUCGAGGACGUGCCGGCCCUGUCGGAGGAGGGCUUCAAGGAGAUGCGCGGCAUGCUCACCGAGGGCCGCUACCUCGUCCUCGAGUCCGGCGCCGCCGCGCUGGCCAACCCGCGCAACGACUCCGCCCGCGCCGUCACCUCGGCCGCCACGCAGAAGCACGACGACAAGGCCCAGCGCUGGGUCGCGCACGCCGACGUGAUCGGCGGCGACAUGUUCCGCUUCAGCAGCGCCCUCGACGGCAGGUGGCUCGCGCCCAACGGCAAGAUGAUCUCGGACAAGAGCAAGGCCGGCAGCUUCCAGGUCGCCUACGCCCCUAGCAAGGGCUACUCGCUCAAGAGCAAGUGCGGUGUGUGGCUGUCAGCCGGCCAGGACGGUAAGAUCGCGUGGGCUCACGAGGCGGCGUACUGGAAGGCGUACAGUGUCACGUACAAGAACUAG